GUGUUGUUGCAUGGUACAUUUUACAAUUUUGUUCAAAAUUAGCAUUAAAUUUGCGUUAUAACCAUUUUAAUCAAUCGGUUAUCUGUUUUAAAUACGGAAAAAUUAUUUAAUCGCAAUGGCGCGCGGUAAAGACAAAAAGAAGCGUAAGUUAGAGAAGAAACAAGAAGGGGAAGAUGUCCCGAAGAAAGUACCUCACACACUCGAGUCUCUGCGCGAGAAAGAUGAAACGAUGCUCGCGAAUGCUGAUAAUGAGGAGCAGGAAGAGGCAAAGAAAGACAUAGAACUGGAUGAACUGUCCUCAUAUUACGACAACUCGUACGAGCCUAAAGUUCUGAUCACAUACUCGGACAACCCUCAUACUAAAACUAGGAUAUUUGGCAAAGAGCUCAAUAGGAUCAUACCUAACUCUUUAUCUAGGUAUCGACAGAGGUCAUCUGUUAAACGUAUAGUCCAAUCAGCAAUCCGAGAAAACGUAACAGAUGUAAUAGUAAUCAAUGAAAACCAGAAGCAGCCCAAUGGUUUCCUUCUGAUACACCUGCCCAAUGGACCUACUGCACACUUUAGACUUUCCAGCUGCAAGAUCACGCCAGAGCUGAGGAAAGAUUAUAAGGAAAUCACUAAUCAUAGACCUGAGGUAAUUUUGAACAACUUCAGCACCCGCCUAGGUCUCACUGUGGGCCGCAUGUUAGGAGCACUGUUCCAUUACGAGCCGCAAUUCCGCGGCCGCCGUGCUGUUACCUUCCACAACCAGCGCGAUUACAUCUUCUUUCGACACCACAGGUAUGAGUUCACCUCAGAUGGCAAACGAGCAAAGCUGUGCGAGCUGGGCCCGCGGUUCACACUCAAGCUUAUCUCACUGCAGCAAGGUACCUUCGACUCGAAGCGCGGCGACUACGAGUGGAUCAUCGCCGGGAGAAGGCACCAGAUGGAAACAUCGAGAAGACGAUUUUUCUUGUAGUUUUGGAUUAAGAUAAGACUAAUUUUAAUAAAUAUUAUAU